GAUUUUUCUGAUUCCUCGACGGCAUGGAACUGUAGAAAUUCCGAUCAAAACAACAGCCGAAUCGAUCGAAGUUGCCAUUUUCCCGUUAAAGUUUCGUCAUUUUCUUAAAUUCUUCAAUUUUCCUUCACUUUCCCUUGCCUAGUCUGGGUUUUUCUUUCUGGAAAAGGAAUAAAGCCCGUUGUAAAUGAUCUCAAAUCACAUCGAUCCGUAUCGAGAAUUUUCUAGAAGAAGAUCAGUUUUCAACCCCAGAAAGUCCUUUUUCUCUUCUCUUCGUCUUUUGCCUCCUUUGGGUUGAGUUGUUCUCUUCGGUUCUCUCGAAGAGGACGAAAGCCUACGAACAUGAAUUGAAAAUCCAUCGCACCCAUAUCAAGAUCUCUCAUGGAUUUCUUGGAGCUAGAGGCGAUCGAGGGUUUGCGGUGGUCGUGGAACUCAUGGCCGACGACGAAAUCCGACUGCCAAUCCCUCGUUGUUCCUCUGAGCAUCAUGUGCACGCCAUUGAUGCAGUCCUCGGAGCUCCCAGUGAUUCAAUACGACCCGCUCAUCUGCUCCCGUUGCGGUGCGGUGUUGAACCCUUACGCGCGUCUCGAUUUCCGGUCCCGCAUCUGGGGUUGCCCCUUCUGCUUACACAAGAACAGUUUCCCGCGCUCCUACGCCGAGAUCACGGAGACCAACCUCCCGGCUGAGCUCUUCCCGACCUACAGCGCCGUCGAAUACGCUCCACCGCGUAAAUCCGCCUCCGCCACCACCCCGAGGGCUAGCUCUGGGGCGAGCUGGGCUAAUGGACUCAGUGCGGGGUUUCAGCCGUCGAGAUCGCUCUCUUCGACUUCAUCGUUCUCGUCUCUGGCUUCCACAGGCGGCGGCUUGAGCUCCGGUGAACUGGGUCCGGCGUUCGUAUUCGUGGUCGAUGCGUGUAUGGCGGAGGAGGAGCUUCGGGCGGUGAAGACAGAGCUGCUGCUUGUGGUGGAGCAGUUGCCGGAGAAUUCCUUGGUGGCUCUGAUCACUUUUGAUUCCAUGGUUAGGGUAUAUGAUCUUGGUUUCACGGAAUGCUUGAAGGUGGUCGUCUUUCAUGGCGAACGCGAGCUUUCUUCGGAGCAGAUCCAACAAUUUCUCGGCCUUGGUCGUUCGAAGCAGCUUCCGGGAAAGGCAUUGGCACUUCAGAAGCAGGGUUUCUUGCUUCCUUUGUCAGAAUGUGAGUUCAACAUAACUUCUGCUUUCGAAGAAAUCCGUCCUUCCGGCAAUCUCAAAUCAGGUCAUCGGCCACAUCGAUCUACUGGGGCCGCCAUUUCAACGGCCUUCGGACUGCUCGAAGGCUGUUAUGUGAACACGGGCUCACGGGUAAUGGUUUUCACUUCAGGUCCCGCGACAAGGGGCCCCGGAAUCGUCGUGGACUCGGACCUUAGUAACUCCAUCAGGACCCACCGGGAUCUUUUCAAUGGCCAGGCUCCUUACCACGAGAAGUCAUGCGGGUUUUACAGAAAACUCGGGAAGAGGCUCUGUGAUUCAUCGGUGGCUCUGGACCUAUUCGCUUGCUCUCUCGAUCAAGUCGGAGCAGCUGAGAUGAGAUAUGCAGUGGAGACAUCUGGUGGGUUUAUGCUGCUGGGAGAGACAUUCGAAUCUGACCAGUUCAAGAAAUGUAUCCGCCACAUAUUCGGUCGGGAUGAAGACGGGAGCUUGAAGAUGUGUUUUGACGUGACCAUAGAAGUCGUGACGACGAAGGACAUCCGAAUCUGUGGAGCUCUCGGACCAGUCAUGUCGCUAGGGAGGAAGAACGAUAUAGUGAGUGAUACAGAGAUCGGGGAAGGUGGUACGUAUAUUUGGAAGACGAGCACGAUCACGAACAAGACCUGCAUUGCGUUCUUCUUCCAGGUUAGAAGCGAGCAGCCGAAACCGCAACCUGGGUCUGCAUUCUUCGUUCAGUUCAUCACCCGGUACCGGUACGGAAAUACGGGAGUGAGAAGAAGAGUUACGACGGUAGCCAGACGGUGGGUCGGUGGAAAGUCGCCAGAGAUUUCUUCUGGGUUCGAUCAAGAAACGGCGGCCUGUGUGAUGUCACGGCUAGCGAUUAAUCGAGCAGAGACGUGUUAUGCACGAGACGUUAUACGAUGGCUAGAUGACGGACUUAUCAGAUUCUCUUCGAGAUUCGGAGAUUAUAUCGAGGAAGAUCCAUCUUCUUUCCGUUUAUCGCCGAACUUCUCACUCUACCCUCAGUUCAUGUUCUAUUUAAGAAGAUCUCAGUUUCUUGACGUUUUCAACAACUCCCCUGAUGAAACCGGUUAUUUCCGGUUAAUACUGAACCGGGAAGGGGUGGUGAACUCGAUAAUCAUGAUUCAACCAACGCUUCUUCGAUAUUCAUUCGACGGGCCACCGGUUCCAGUCCUCCUCGACAUCCGCUCGGUUACCUCCGACGCAAUUUUGCUGUUCGACUCGUACUUCUAUGUGGUGGUCCACCACGGCUCUAAGAUUGCUCAGUGGCGGAAACUCGGUUACCACAAGGAUCCGAACCACGAGACAUUCCGGAAGUUACUGGAGGCGCCGGAGAUUGAUGCGGAGCAACUGGUGGCUGAUCGGAUUCCUGUGCCGCGAUUCGUGAGGUGCGACCAGCACGGUAGCCAGGCUCGGUUUCUUCUGGCGAAACUGAACCCGUCCGUUACUCAGAAGUCGGAUUAUACCGGCGGCUCGGAUAUCGUCCUCACCGAUGAUCUAAGCCUCCAAGAUUUCCUCGAUGAUUUGCAGUCUCUCGCGGUAAAGGGCUAAGGAUACGAAGUCGUUGCCAGCUUCUGGUUAAUUUCCUCAUUUGGUAACCGGGUCAUCAGUUCGGUUUGGAUUGGUCUGUGAACGGUUGAAUCUUCACGUAUAGAACCGGUUUGAAUGAAUACCUUAGCUAUAAUUCGGUUGAGUGAUAACCGUUGGUUUUCAUUUAUUUCACUAGCCGGUUGAUAUCGGUUUACGAA